GAUUCUGAGACAACGCGUGCACCUUCCACAGUCUCUGCUUCAGGUACCAUGAAGAUCUCCACAGCUGCAUCCCUCACCGUCAUCCUCGUUGCAGCCGCCCUCUGCACCCCCGCACCUGCCUCCCCAUAUGGCUCGGACACCACUCCCUGCUGCUUUGCCUACCUCUCCCUCGCACUGCCCCGUGCCCACGUGAAGGAGUAUUUUUACACCAGCAGCAAGUGCUCCAACCUUGCAGUCGUCUUUGUCACUCGAAGGAACCGCCAAGUGUGUGCCAACCCAGAGAAGAAGUGGGUUCAAGAAUACAUCAACUAUUUGGAGAUGAGCUAGAAUAGAGGGUCUCUCCAUUCUGAUCCUGUAUAGCUUUCCUGUCAUUGCUUGCUCUAGUCCUAACCAGCUGGGGAUGCCACUGAGCAACCCCCUACUCCCACUCAUUCCUGGGAGGGCAUAGAUGCUAUCAUACCAUAGAGAUUAUAACAGUGUCCUCUCCUAUGGCCUGGGAGAUGUGCUCUUCAUAGCUCCUCACAGGCUCUGUACAGCAAAUGUAAGAAAUCCGCAUUUCAUUAAAAUGUCUGAUGCAAAGACAAA